AUGGAGUUCCAAGCCAUCUUACUAUGUGGAAAGGGCAAAGCCUUGACCCCGUUUUCCCAGGCCCGGUCCUCGGGUGCCCCUAAGGCGUUGUUGCCCAUCGCCAACAGGCCCAUGAUCGAAUAUGUUUUGGAAUGGUGUGAAAAGGCCUUCUUCCCUAAAGUCACUAUCGUCACCGAUUCCGAGAGCAAAGACGCAAUUGACAAGGCCUUGACCGCAUACAAGGAAAAGGCCAAGGCGCUCAAAGCCAAAAAUGCCGAAGAAAGCACCGAUGACGACCCUGAAUAUGUCACCAACAUAAGCACGUUUGAAAUUGACAGUGAGAACAGUGGAGAAAUCCUCUACGCUUUACAUAAAAACGCAGUGUUGAAGCCAAACGCCCACUUCGUGUUGUUGCCCUGUGAUCUCAUCACCAACCUUCCGCCCCAGGUGUUGAUCGAGGCCUAUAGAAAUAAGGAGGACUCGGACAUAGGAUUGUUGGUCCAUUACCGUAACCAAUUGGACAUAGAAGACAAAAAGUCCAAGAUAUUCCCCAAGAACUAUACUGUCUAUGCCGAGUUAGCUGACGGUAAGAACGACCUUCUCGAUUUCUACUCUACAGAGGACAUUGACUUCCAUCAAGCUUUACAAAUCAGAACGCAAAUGUGCUGGAGAUACCCAAAGGCCACCAUCAGCACCAAGCUCUUGAACAGCUCGAUCUUCUUUGGCUCACAGGAGAUAUUCAAGGUGUUCGAAGAGAACCCCGAAAAAUUCAAUGAGUCGUACUUUCAACACAGAUCCAUAACCAAGGUGAUUCGUGAUUUGGCAAGAAGAUCGUGGAGGCAUGUGGAGUGCAAGGAAACCAUUGGCUUUUUAAUAAUACCACACCAAGCCACCUUCUUCAGAGCAAACAAUAUUCCUGUUUUGAUGGAAGCCAACCGUCACUUCAUGAAAUUGCAAGCGAUUACCAAGGCCCAACAAGGAGCGCAAGCCAAGGAUAAGCUUGCGGCAAACGUGGGUAUUGACUCAUUGAUCGGUGAAAACACCACUUUGGGCGAAAAGACCAAUGUCAAGAGAACGGUGGUGGGUAAGAACUGUACCAUCGGAAAGAGAGUCAAAUUGACUGGAUCCCUCGUCUUGGACAAUGUGACCAUCGAGGACGACGCCCAGUUGGAGAAUUGUAUAAUAGGACAUGGUGUGGUGUUGCGCUCCAAGGUGAAGCUUACCAACUGUAAUGUUGAAUCGACCCAUGAAGUUGCCAAGGGCACCCAAGCCAAGAACGAAACAUUAUUAUGCUUCACUUUGGAGGGAUUGGUGGAAGGAGACAAUUCGGUUAUAGACGAUUCUCUGGAAACUGAUUCCGAUGACGACUCCGAUAGUGAAUACGAUGACGAGGCCUAUGACGAGUAUGGAGACAACGAGGAUGGUUUAUUCGCCUAUUAGUGGCCCUGGAUAGCUAUUUCCUACGAUAUGACAUUCGGCUACUAGGUGUUCGUAGAUAGUUCCUUUACUCACUAGAAAAUGCAUAACGAACAAGGUUCAGAACUACCAGG